AUGUCCGCCUCAGCAGAUCAAAUUCAAGAAUGUUUCAGUAUCUUUGAUAAAGAUAAUGACGGUAAGGUCUCAGUUGAAGAUAUUGGAGCUUGUUUAAGAUCAUUAGGUAAAAGCCCAACCAUGGCAGAUAUUGAAGCAUUAAAGACUGAAAUUGGUGCUAAAGAAUUUGAUAUCAAUACAUUAAAGAGCAUUUACAAGAAACCAAACAUUAAAACUCCACAAGAGCAACAAAAGGAAAUGUUAGAUGCAUUCAAAGCCCUCGAUAAAGAAGGCCAUGGUACCAUUCAAGGUGCUGAAUUACGUCAAUUAUUAACCACUCUUGGUGAUUACUUAUCAACCGCUGAAGUUGAUGAAUUAUUUAAGGAAAUCUCUGUCGAUAGUACUACUGGUGCCGUUUCAUAUGCAAGCUUAGUCAAUACCAUCGUUUCUGGUUAUCCAUUAGGCGGUUUCUAA